UAGUUUUCUGCUUCCUUUUUUAUUUUUGCUUACCUGUGUUUGGAGGUUAUUGCCGGAAGAGACAACCCACCAGUUGUUGCGGCUCUCUGAAGAUUCGAGGAGAGGGAGAGAGAUAGAGAUAGAGAGAGAAAAGCAAGCUACCGGAUGGUGAUGGGAUCGUACCACAAUCUCAGCUAGUUGUACUACUGCUGGUACUAACAAGCGGUUCCCUAUACCAGCAACACAAACAUGAAAAUGCUGUUUUGAAUUCUCUUCAGGGUUUUUGAUCUACUGCUUUCUCAGGUCAAAUAUUUGCAUUGGUGUGUGCUUGCGCGAGGGCGUGUUUCAUAAGUUCAUAGGAUUGCUUGAUGGGUUCUAGAUUCCCAUCUCAUCAGCUCAGCAAUGGCCUCUAUGUAUCGGGCCGGCCUGAGCAGCCAAAAGAAAAGGCCCCAACGAUGAGUUCUGUGGCCAUGCCCUAUACUGGUGGUGAUAUCAAGAAGUCGGGAGAGCUUGGAAAAAUGUUUGAUAUCCCUGUGGAUGGCUCCAAGUCAAGAAAAUCUGGUCCUAUAAGUAACGCCCCAUCAAGAUCAGGAUCGUUUGCAGGAAAUGCUUCGCAUUCCGGGCCUAUCAAUCCUAGUGCUGCUGCUAGGGCUGCCUACUCAACCUCAGGUCCUAUUUCGUCGUCAAUGGUAACUGGUUCAGCUUCAAUGAAGAAAUCUAAUUCUGGUCCUCUCAAUAAGCACGGGGAGCCUAUAAAAAAGUCUUCUGGACCUCAAUCUGGUGGAGCAACUGGCCGCCAAAAUUCUGGACCUCAACCACCAGUUUUACCUGCUACAGGUCUUAUUACUUCUGGUCCCAUCUCAUCGGGCCCACUGAACUCUUCUGGGGCACCAAGAAAGCUCUCUGGUCAAUUGGACUCUAUGGGCUCCAUGAAAAUGCACGGUCCUUCUAUUGCAAGCAACCAGGCUGUGACAACUCUUACUCAAAAUGAUGAGUUCUCCUUCAGAAGGAACUUCCCAAAACCUAUCUUGUGGGCAAUGAUUUUGCUGUUUGUCAUGGGCUUCAUUGCUGGUGGGUUUAUUCUUGGAGCCGUGCACAACCCCAUACUUCUAAUCGUUGUUAUAGUUCUAUUCGGGAUUGUUGCUGCGUUGUUCAUGUGGAACUCGUGCUGGGGAAGAAGAGCUAUCAUUGGUUUCAUUGGUCGAUAUCCAGAUGCUGAAUUAAGAACUGCAAAAAAUGGGCAAUACGUCAAGGUUUCCGGGGUGGUGACCUGCGGAAACGUCCCUCUUGAAUCGUCCUUCCAGAAGGUUCCUAGGUGUAUCUAUACGUCUACAAGUUUGUAUGAGUACCGGGGCUGGGAUUCCAAAGCUGCAAAUCCCACACACCGUCGUUUUACCUGGGGACUUAGAUCAUCAGAAAAACACGUGGUCGACUUUUACAUCUCUGAUUUUCAGUCUGGAUUGAGAGCGUUGGUUAAAACUGGCUAUGGAGCGAAGGUCACACCGUACGUGGAUGAGUCUGUGGUUAUUGAUGUCAACCCUGUGAAUAAGGAGUUGUCCCCAGAAUUUAUCAGGUGGUUGGGAGAGAGGAAACUUUCAAGCGAUGAUCGCGUAAUGCGAUUGAAGGAAGGGUAUAUCAAAGAAGGAAGCACAGUUAGUGUAAUGGGAGUAGUACAAAGGAACGAAAAUGUGCUUAUGAUCGUACCUCCUCCCGAGCCAUUCACAACCGGAUGUCAGUGGAUGAAAUGUAUAUUUCCAGCUAGCCUCGAGGGCAUAGUUUUGAGAUGUGAAGAUGCAUCAAAAACCGAUGUCAUACCAGUGUGAUAUAGUUUGCGUGUUGCAGUAUAGAUGGUGAUAGAAGUAAUGCAGUGAUGCCAUAGUUAAGGGGUGACAGAAUAUUGGUUGUUUGAACAUAUAGUUGAUAUCUAAUUUUGUGUAUAGUUAGUAGGCUUUCAUUUUUAUUAUUAUUUUUUUAAAUUUUUUUUCGGUUCACUCUUAAAGCAUGAAAGAUUUUGUAAUGGGGAGUGGUUACAUGUUUUGUUUGAACAGAUUGUGGUUAUGCUGGAGUUGAGGAAAACAGUUCUGUUGGUUCUUUGUAUCAGAUGAGAAUUUCAUGGGGCUUUUUUUUCC